GUUACGUUCUCGAUCCCGUUCCCCCGUCAGUUACUGGGGCCCAGCAAAAAUCCAUAAAAUAAAAGCAACCGAAGAUCCCCUGCAUCGCGGCGCCGCGAGAAAGCCGACCCUCCCCGUCGAUCGUACGGUCGGCGCCUCGCCACCUCCUCACCCCCACCGGCGGAAACGUCCGUCGGCGAUCGACGGGCGAGAACGGGUCGGAACCCGCGACCCGAUGAAAUUUCUUUUUCUAUUUGUUUCCCCAUUUUCAGGCGAUCCCAUCGACUGCUUUGCUUCAGCUUGAACUUGAUGAUGAUGACUCCGCGGUGACGCUUCGUUGAAGAAACAGAAGUGUAGCCCACGGCAUUACCAACUCCGAAUCGGCUCUCGCCGUCGGCGCGAGCCGGAGAAAAUCGCCGGUUCCCGGAGCUCUGCUCCCAUGGCGGAUCCUCAUCCGGUGGCGGCGGCGGCGGAAGAGCCGACCGCGCAGGCGCCUCUCCUGGCUCAGGACCAGAGCCGCGGCAAUCAGCGGCCGCCGCAGCCGCAGCCGCAGCCGCAGCAGCCGCGUCGCGAGGAGCGGGAGGACGAGGACCCGCACCUCGACCAGGCGCUCCACAAGCUGGAGAUGUUCCUCUCCUUCCUAGGCUUCAACCAGUCAACGGUGCUCGGCACCGUGCUGUCGUGGACUGCGUUCGUGGUGAUCGGCGUGGUGCUGCCGGUGAUCGUGCUCGAGCUCUCCGAUUGCUCGGACUGCGACGAGUACCAGAUCAAGAACUUCGAGCUGGAUAUAGUCGCGUCGCAGGCGUGUCUCGCCGCGGUCUCGUUGCUCUGCCUUUCGCACAACCUUCGCAAGUACGGGAUAAGGAAGUUCCUAUUCGUGGAUCGCUACAGUGGCCGGAUGUCCAGGUUCCGAGACGAGUAUAUCAAGCAGAUUAAGGGUUCUCUACGGUUGCUCGUAUUAUGGUCACUUCCUUGUAUCGUUUUGAAGACUGUGCGUGAAGUGGUCCGUCUUGUUUAUAUACAUCGUGAAUCAUGGUGGCUGUCAGUUUAUAUUUUGUUCUCGUUGGUUAUAUCCUGGACUUAUGUCAGUACAAUCUCUCUAUCAGCCAGCACUAUGUUUCAUUUGGUCUGCAAUCUGCAAGUUAUUCACUUUGAUGAUUACGGGAAGCUCUUGGAAAGAGAGACUGAUGUGUUGGUUUUCAUUGAAGAGCACAUUCGUCUACGGUACUACCUCUCCAAGAUAAGCCAUAGAUUCAGAAUUUUCCUCCUCCUAGAAUUCUUGGUGGUCACAGCAAGCCAGUUUGUAACUCUGUUCCAAAUAACAGGAUACAGCGGACUUGUUACUGUCAUUAAUGGUGGUGAUUUUGCUGUCUCCACCAUUGUCCAAGUUGUUGGGAUUAGUCUUUGCUUGCAUGCUGCUACAAGGAUCUCACAUAGGGCCCAAGGCAUUGCCUCCAUUGCAAGCAAAUGGCAUGCAUUGAUGACAUGUGGCUUUACUGGUGCAGCAUCUUUACGAGGCUCAGAUAGUGUAGGAAGCACGGAGCACAUGAAUGCAUUUAGUACAAUACAUAUAGAUUACUCUGAAAGUGACCUGGAAUCUUUGGAAUAUGUCGGAAUGCCUACCAGCACACAACUUGCUACUUAUAUGUCAACUUAUCACCAGCGACAGGCUUUGGUAAUGUACCUGCAGACCAACCCCGGGGGAAUCACACUUUACGGAUGGACAGUUGAUAGGGCUCUCAUCAAUACAAUCUUCUUUAUCGAGCUCUCAUUGGUAACUUUUGUGCUCGGGAGAACUGUAGUGUUCUCUUCCAGUUAGCUCUGGCUGGUUAACUUGGGUUCUUUUGUCCGCAACGAGUUUAAAGCACUAAUCAAGCCAUCGAGACAGGCUGAAUUUCAAUGAUUCGGUGAAGCAUCCUUAUCCAGAUCAGAAAGGUAUUUCAGUGCCAGUGACGAUCAUGUGGUCACUUUUGUUGCAGUGCAAACUGCUUUCGGUCAGACCUAAGAAUUCUCUGGCGACUUUCUUGACGAGCAUGGCUUUGUUCAUACAAACUUAUAGAAGCUGGCAAAUUGCUUGAGUUUCCUCAGAGGACCUAUCCAUCGAUCUUUUGACUUCCACGAUCCCAAAGUCUCCAAGCCUGGUUCUGACCGCUGCCUCUCUAUCUUCUUCCGCAAAACCUCAGUUUUUUCACCAUCUAUUAUCCUCUGCUAGACUAAAAGGAUGUUAUAGGCGCGGCUAGAUUUUAAUACAUUGCACUCUCAGCACAAAGAACAUUGCUGUAUACUUUGCGAACUGCCCCUUAACUGUGAGGCAAAUUUUUUGUUGUCGUCAUUAAAAGCCGACAGAUUUCGAUUGUAAAUACUUCUAAUUCAGCUGCUCAACAUUGGUUCA